CAUUCUCGGAGGUGAACUGUUACGGAGCCAUUGUGCGGCGGUCGUGCCGGCAUUAAAACCGCCUAAUCGAAUGCAGCAACCUUGGGAAGGCUUGGAAAGAAGGUCCGCCACGGACCUCGAGGAUGCAGAGACAAAGCCGGAGUAGCUCGGAGGUGGAGGUUGCGCUUAUGCGCCCCGUAAGCACGGCUGGCUAAUAGCACACCACGGCCUAUCCCUGACACCCUGCAGCCACACCAGGUAAAUUCACGUUGGAUUACCAGUUGCUUUCUAUGAAUCGGGCCUGCAUCAGUUUCGGACCAGCAGUCGGCGUGACAUGGAUGUGAGCUUCACGAACGUAUUAGAGGGGGCUCGCCAGUACUUCCAGGGACUGCCAGUACCGAGUACAGGUAGUGCGGCCGCGUCAGCGGAGCACAGUCUCGCGACAUCAACGAGUUCCACCUCGACCGUAUCGUCGUCACACGACCAUGGCACUGCCUCGUCCGUGGCUCUCUCGUCGCCAUCCGUACUGCAAGCACCACCGCCAUUACCGAUACCGCCGCAAUCGACUCCGAGCGGCAAUGCGAGCACCGCUAACGCUGGUAACAGCGGAGGCAGCGGCAGCAACAACGACCAGGAAACCAGCCGAUAUCUCAACAACGUCAGACCGUCGUCGGUGGACAACGGCACGACCAGCUCCAGCAGUUUUUGGAGUCCGUCCGUCGAACCUUAUCCUCCUCAACCAACGAGGGUCGAAGUGCCAGACACGAGGCCGGGUGACGACGGAUCGUCCAUGGAGCCAAGUUCCUCGUCGUCGAAUAUCAUCACUUUAACGGAGAUGCAACCGUCGAGCAGGCGGUCUUCGUCGACGUCAAAUUUCUCACAGAAACAAUCGACCCCCUCGACCCCAUCGUCGUCGUCGUCGUCAUCGUCGUCGUCGUCGUCGUCGUCGUCAUCAUCGUCGUCUUCGUCGAUCUCGACGUCGUCCAACGAUCUUCAUCAUCAUCCGCAACCGACGACCGCGACAGCGCCGAGUUCGCCGCAUUUGCAUCAAAUGCAACCACCUCAACAGCCGCACUCCCCUGGUCCGGUCUAUCAACAGUUGAACCCCGUCUCGAGGACUUCGUUCACCACUGCGGAAAUACUCGCUACGUCGCACCAGGCGGCGACUUAUCAAACUGCCAACGAUCGACAGUCGCAGUCGAACGCGCCAGUCGUAGCACAAAGAACUCAGUACUAUCCCCGUUAUCACCAUCCGGACAUCACGAAAAGCGCCCCGGUUCCGUUCACUCAGAAUUCGAUCUAUCAGUCGUCGAGCGUAGCCGCGGCUACAUCGUCGGGAAACGUGCAUCCGACUACAAGGCCGACGCCGGUCGAACAAAGCAACCCGAAUGCUGCUUCCAGUCAAGGACACGCUCAGGAACAAAGAGUGCCACCAAGUUCCUACGGCAAUAACGUCCAAACGCCAUCGAGCGCCCCCUCGAUUUAUGGCUCACCGCCGUCGCAGAACUAUCGCGCGCCGCAGCAGCAUCGAUCGAGCUCGAUUUCUUCGAGUAAUCCAGCAACGGACAGGUCGCCUCACUCGGACAGAUCGUCGCACUCGUCGCGCGUCUCCUCGUCUCCGUCUUGUUCGUCCGUGAACCCGUGCAGCCCUCGUCACACAGCCAGCUUAAGUCACAUUCCUUCAUCGCCAUCGCUGUCCUCUUCGUCGUCCUACCAGAAUCAUCCGGCGCACAUUCCUUCGUCGCACUUGCCAUCCGUUGGAAAUAUGAUACCACCGCAUCAUCACAGUCAACAACAAUCGCCACAACAACAGCAGCAGCAGCAGCAGCAGCAACAACAACAACAGCAGCAGCAACCUCAAAUGCAACAGCAUCAGCAGCAACAGCUUUCUAGUCGAAUAAACGCAUCGCCGCACUCGUACGCCAGUCGAAUGAUCGCUCACGGAACGUCCGCUGCGUCUUCGUCCUCCAGCUCGAAUCAAAUGCCACCACCGGCAGCGUUGACCGGUGGUUAUCAUCCAAUCGCUUCUCCCCACGAUGUUCCUCAUCACGCUACCCCAUCACCGCACAGACAAUCGCCUCACAUGUCCACCCUGCACACGCCUCAUGCAUCUCCUCAUCACACGACCUCACCGCACAGCAGCUUCCAGCCGCAUUCGCCGACUUAUCCUCCGCCGCCUCCGGCCACCUCCACCCCCCACUCGUACAGCCUUCCCAUCACGUCGCAACACUAUCAACCGAACACCGGUGGCUACGCUGCGAACCCGUACGGGCUACCACCGCCUCAGUCUUCGUAUCAUUCCUUCCAAAAGAAUCCGCAACCGCCGACGUCUCACGCGCAAGCAAACUACUAUCCGCAGUCCGGUCGAUCUCAAAGCCAGGCGUACGUUCAACAAAUGUCGAUUCCCGGCCCGACGCAAUCGAUCUGCUCCGGAAACGGAAACACCAACGGUGCGGCUGGUUAUCAGUCGAGCAAACCGGUAACGUACAACGGCGCCGAUUCGAAGAGAAACUCGAUGGAGGUGCCUUACGCCACCUCUUAUCGAUCUCAGCAGACGUCCGUGCAGAAGAGUGGCAACACGCACAACCUUCCACCCAUCGCUGCUCUCUCGUCCUAUCAUUCCAACAGGCGAGAAUCGGCGAGCAAAGCGCAAUCGGUGCAACGGCAACGCGGAUACAACGCGGCCAGCACGACGAACAAAGUUUCAGUGGUAACUCCUCCCACUUCCUCGAUGGCUGCGCCUCAAAGGGUUUCCGAAUAUCCGGUCACUCUGCCGGCCAUGAAUCACGCCAUGCCGGUCAACGGAAGGACGAACACGGUAACGAAUUCCUCUUACAGCAGAUACACCGGUCAACACGGUUAUCCGACCUACGCUACCACCAUGGCGCCUAGUCAUCAGGGGAGCAAUUCAUCCAGCAGCACCACCGUUACGUCCAUCGGUCAUGUAGCUUCGAGAUCUACCGUUCCAGCCACCACGAUACACAACUAUCAAACGUCGGACGCGAAUCGCGCGAUAUCCUCCUACCACCAUCAGCCUGUAAGAGCUACCGAGGACUACGGGGUGUACAAGGAGUACUCGUACCAAAAUUCCAGCGUCUCUACUGUCCAAUCUACCGCCGCUUCUCCCGUGGUCACCUCUCCACCGCAAACGAACGGUUUGAGAAAGAGAGAAUCUCCACUGGAUCUCUCCGUGAAAACGGUGAAAACGUCCGCAGACUCGACUGCGCAGGAUGAUGUCGAGACGAUCACCCCGGAAAAACAUGUUAGCAGCUCGACAGUGAUCUCGUCGCGAAACAACAGUUCGAGAACUAUGUUACCGCCCCCGACGCAAGCCUCCUCGCAACCAGCUGCGUAUCCUGCAUACGACAACCGACUGUCUAGCAAUAGCGGUCGGAACUUGCCACCAACGAGCGGCGUUCGAGCGUCCACCCCUCAAACGGUAUGCGCGCCGAAGGUCGACUUCCUGCCGGAUUUCAAUUCUACGCCGCUUCGUCAUCACCACGGAGGUCAACCAUCCACGCACGAGAACGCUCUUCAACGAAGAAGCUCGUCGCAGCAGCUGUACGCCCCACCCCCACAAUCCAUACCCUCGCAACAUCCGAACAACACCGCCCCACUGCCCCACAUGUCCACGUUCAAAAAGAGUUCACUGCCCACGACGCAGGUGUACGACCCGGUGACAGUGUCGACGCCUCUUCCACCAGCACCAUCGUCCUCCUAUCUGACGGCCAACGACUCCGCCGCAUCCAGAUCCACCAGGUAUCCACCGUCGAUGGUCGAUCCUGGAAGGAUAGGGCCGUCCGCUCUGCCACUUCAAGACUACCCGUCCGACCCAUCGAAGUAUUACCUCGAUAGCAGGAGCAAGUUCGGCCAGCCACCACCGCAAAGAGACCGGACACCCUCGAAGAGGCCUGGCGACACGAUUUACGGCACCGGUGGGCUGAACAAGCAGCCGAGGCUCGACACGUGGAUCCAUCAGAAGCUGUCGACCGCGAGAGCGUUGUACGAACAGAAGAUGAACAGGCAGGAGAUGAACAUGCCGGUCCCUUUGCCGAAUGGAACGCUGGUCGGGACGAACACUUACGAGCAGAGGUCGGACAGCGGAUACUCGUCGUCCGAGUCGAGCAGAUAUCAGCAAGCGUACUGUGAUAAGAGGAGCUAUGCGGAGUCUAAGGUCACCUACAGUUCGUCGCCAUACGUCCAUCCGGUGAUCACGAAGCCGACGAACGUGCACUCUCUGCCGCAGCAGGCCAAUGCCAGCCAACCGUCGAUGUACCCGAGUUAUAGACAGAGCCAGAAAACGGCCGGGCUGCCUUCUGGAGCCACUUCCGGUGGGCAAGCCACCGAACCACCGAGCAACACCGGCGCUGAUAAACGAGUGCUCAGCCUGCUGAGGAACAGCCUGGAGAACAAACAGCAGAGGGAAGAGCAGAUGAACAGCCAGCAGCCUAUCUUGGCCAAUCACGGUCAACAAAGUUUUCAAAACAAGGUUGUUGCACCGGUCGAGCCCAAAACGAACAUCGGAAGACACAACCUGUCACCAUUCACGGCGGCGAGCUUACUGGAACGAAACAGCAACACGCCACCCCAUUACAAGUUCCAUAUGCCGAGAGCGGUGGACUCGAUCACUCAGGAGGCCCCCCGUAGUUUGUAUGGCUCGAGAGUAAAUUCAUCCGCCACGCUACCUGGCAAGGAAGCACUCCUGGGACCCCGAGGAGCUGAGAAUCAGAUUCACCGUGACAAAGACGAUGGUUUCGCAGCCAUACUAGCCGCGAAAAUCAGAACCAAGGCGGAACUGAAACAGGUGGGAACCGGCCAAUUUGCAACGAAACCAACCACCAUGCCCUCUCAGGAUGCGUCGUCCACUCCGAAAGAGCUGGACAGCGCAGCUUCAACGUCGACGCCGCAGUCCGGUUCGUCGGCAGGUAGCCCGCCGAAACUGACGCGCGAGAAGGUAGCCUGCCUGCCACCACGGAGACGCUUGUUCUCCAGAACGGAAGAAGAGAACAUGCCGGUGGCCGCGACGGUUCCGGUUCCAGCGCCACCGCCUACAAUCGCCUCUAGCGUUCCAGCGCGGGCCAGCGGGUUCAGAAGCUCCUCCGAGACCUCGGUAUUCGACUUUCGGGAGAGCGAUUCCGAAGGUGAGAUGCCGGUUCUCGAGCGGCAGACGCUCGAGGAGAUGAGGAGGGACAGGAAACAGCUGUCGAAGGUGCAGCCGCCCGUUCCUUUGAACGACGCCAUGUGCAUGGGUAUGACCUCAUCGACGGAUCUCGUGCAAAUAGAGCUGAAGGAAAACGACAAGAUCACCGAGGUGGACACGUUCUGGUCGGCCACGUGCGACAAGUUCAUAGAGCAACUUCGGACGGGAGACGCAAUGAAAAAGCGCGGCCGUAAGAAGAAAGUUAGCUGCACCGUAACGUCCAAGCUCGACGACGCUAGCAACGACGCCGAUGGCAAGGAGACAGACGCCAACACGUCCCAAAUCAAGCCGGAGGACAUCAAGAAGGAGAUUCAGGACGUCGAUUCACCUCUGGACGGUAAGGACGAGUUCCCGGAGACCAGUAAGGACGACGAGCCUUCGGAGGCGAAGGACAUCAAGGUGGAAGUGAAGAUCGAGCCCGAGGCGAGCAAGGACGAAGAGAAGAAUUCCAGCGACGACUCGGACGAGGUGCCGUUGAUUCGACGGGCGAAGAAGAAACUGAGAAAGGACGACAGCGACUGCGAGGAGGAGAUAAUAUGCAGGAAGAGAAGAGUUCGCAGAGGGAGCAGGAUCAAAUUGCAGUCGUCCAGCGGCAGUGAAUCUUCGAGCGAAGAGAGCGACGCUAGUACGGAGUUUGGCCAUGGUUCUACGGUGGCCGACCGGCUGAGAGCUAGGAAGCGUUGCAACAACAGCAGCGCGGAGGCUGAGGGAAUGAAGCUACGAUCGAGGGAUACGACUCCGCAGAAGGCCAAGAACGAAGGAAAGGAGAUCAAGUGUUCGACUUCGAAGACCUCGUCGGCGUCUCAGAAAGGGAAGCCGAAACCUCUGUUCGGAGACGGUAGCGAUUUCAGGCCUGGCUGGGAGGAGGAGGUGUACGUUUACAAGAAAUCGUUGAGAAUGCCACCUAGGUUGAUCACCGUGUCGAGACCAUCGAGGUUUCACAGGCUGUCCACCUCGUUGCCCGAUUUGGACCCAGGUUCCCCAGCUCUGUCCGUCUCCAUGGACAGUUCCGACGUGUAUCUGAGCAGGAAGAAACUGGUAGACAGUGACGUAGAGUCCAACUAUAGUUUCAGUACCACCGGAAUUGGGAUAGGAAGCAAGAUAGACGACGAGGAGGCCACGUCGUCCACGACGAUCUCGUGUCCCCCGAAGGGUAUGAAGCAUUCGAGGUCAGAGAACAGUUCGAUCGUCGAUGUGUUGGCGCAAAAGGUAGGGACGAACAAAAAGGAACAAAAGAGGAAACAGAAACAGGAGAAAUUGAACAAAGGUGGCAAUAAAACGCUGCAGAAAGGUAGCAACGAACCCGAAUUGCUUCCAACACCGAGCCUGACCCCUCUGCUGGAGUCGACUAAAUUGCCAAAAAGCAAAUCGCUUGUCAAAGAUAACAAGGUGAAGGCCAUCAAAGUGACAGACUCGGUUCUACUCGGUUACUUCCGUAAGGAAACGGUAAACAACUUCCGCGACACGUUCAAAAACAAUCACGCCCUGCCCAACGAGUUCUCCACGCUGGUGCUGAAGAGCAGAACGAGAACGGAGACGCGCGUGUUGAAGAAACAGGCGACCAUCCGAGAAGUUUUUGGCGAGGACAGGCCAGCCUCGGCACCACCUAUGCAAAAUCACGACGACACGUCUCAGGACGACGACUCGCAGAACGAAACGCCGGAAAACAGACUGAGCAAGGAGAGGACGUUGAAGCAGAAGGUGGUGUCGCGAUUGAAAAGCGCUGGUAUAUUGAGGAGGCACAAGGCGCUUAUGAACUCGAAGCAGCGUCACCUGCUGAUGAAGGACCGAAAGGAUUUGUUGAAAUCGUUGGCCGAGAAGAAGUUGCGCCGAUUGAAGACGGAGGCGGAAGAGGAGCCGGCGCAGGAAGAGGCAAACAACGCGCAGGAGGCAGAGAACAACGAGCUGGACGACGAGACCAACGAGUCAGAAGUUCCUAACAAAAAGAAGCUCAAGUUGAGGACAAGCAGGCGGAAGUUCCGCUCCGGAUUCGAUUAUAUUCGCAAGAAGAAGAAACCCUUGAAGAAGGACGAGGCGCUGCCGAAAGAGAGGAAGAGGCAAGUUCUAGCGAGGCCCAGUCCAGAAUGCGUAGCUGACAUACAGUCUGAGAUUAGAACAUGGGUGAUCAAAAAGGGUGUCGGCGAAACGAUGCUGCACCGUGCCGCCAGGCUCGGUUACACGGAUGUCACUGCGUACUGCUUGGAGAAACUGAAUAACGCGCCGAGCCCAAAGGAUAACGCGGGUUACACGCCGCUGCACGAAGCCUGUUCCAAGGGUCAUCUCGAAAUCGCGAAAUUGUUGCUCGCGUACGGCGCGAACGCGAGCGAAAGUGCCAACGGUGGAAUAAGACCACUUCACGAGGCAGCAGAAAAUGGUGCUACCGAACUUGUACGCUUGUUACUUUCUUACGGCGCUGAUCCCUUAUUAGCUACUUAUUCCGGUCAAACUCCACUGAUGUUGGCUGCAGAUACCGACGCCUAUUCAAUUCUGCAGCAGCACUUAGACGAUAUCCAGGGUCGAGCGAACACAGCGUGGUCUUUUGGCGGCCCGUCUUCUAUUUUCGACCCAGAAGAGACCGGCUACAAUCCUCUCGACGAUUCUCCAAUGGACAAUCCGGAGCCCGAAUUGGACGAAAUUGAGAUGGAAGUGAGCGAUGUGAACCUGCCAGUUCUCUUCUCUCUCGCCAACGAUCCCGACAAGUGGGUGCUGCUCCAGGACUUGAUGGCCGCCCUCAGAAUAAAGAGCAGAGACGCGCUGCUGCGUCAAGUGAAUCCGAAAGCUCACGCCGGCCCGCCGGCCAUCGCUCACCGCGACGUCAUGAGAGAACUGAAGCUCCAAGAUUUCCUGGAACAGUCCCGUUGCUGCCACCUGCUCAGCGGCGGCGAGCGUAUCAACGUGCGAGGUUCGAAGGUGACCCUGAUCAAGUACAACGAGAAAGUGAGAUCCCUGUUGAACGUGGAGAAAAUGGUGAUCAGCCUGAGGUGACAGGAGGUGCCACUGGGGCGAUCGUCGCCCCAGGCAAAACCGUCGACUUCCGCCGCGAGAGAAACGUCGAAGAAGAGCUCGAGCGUUUCGCCUAAACGCGAGAGGCAGGCCAGAACGCGGCAGGCUAACAAGACAGCCGCUACCGAUUGAACUCGAAUUAGGGAAACUUCCUAUUCGGCCGUGAAAAGUAUACUCUUUCUCAGCUCGAUGAUUGACACUCGAGCGAGAAACUUCAUUCGAUCGGGAAUUGAAUUACUCUCUGCCGAUUCAGCUCCGACGAGGAGAACAGAAUCGGGGUCGAUUGAACGAAUAGGUAGAACAGGCGAGCUCACCGACAUCGAAGGACAAGAUGGCAGUGUUUUCCCACGCGUUCUAUUAGCAGUAUUUUUAUUUACAGGUGUCCCGCACGGGACACAUCGACGUGAUAUUUGAUCGAUAAAUUUCUUCGAACGAUGAUCAAUUUCUGUGACGAUGUUUCGGAGGGAAGAUCGUCGUCCUGUUCGAACGAUAAUUUUGUUUCGACGAUUUGAAGGGAACGGAAGAGUUCGAACAAUUUUUGCGAACUUGUAGUGGAUAAAGUUCCCACGACAGAUGUCUGUGCUCCGCAGUAGAUUUUAAUCGCGAUGUUGGAACUUUUGGUGGAACGUGUUAUUCUAUUUUUCGUUGAAAAGUCGAUAUGAGAGAAAGAGAGAGAGAGAGAGAGAGAGAGAAAGAGAGUGAAAGAGAUAGAGAACUCGAAACACCGUCGCGUCCACUUUGGCAAGGAAUGAAAUGUUGCGAAUUAUCGGAACAUGCGAAUUACAAUUAUUAUCAGCUUUCUCACGUUGUUAACCAUCGUUGUUGAUUUAAUUAAUUACGUUUUCGUUUCUCUCUCUCUCUCUCUUCCUCCGUCUGUCUUUCUGUUUCUCUCUUUUUUCUUUUUUUACUAGGUACUAGCGAGUCAAUUAAAGUAUAACUCGGUUACAUGUUUACCGUUUCUAGAUUUAAGCAAGCGUUUACUAAUCGUCGAAAUAUAUAUGGAGCAUUUACGUUUUUCUUCACCGUUAAUCUCUUCUUCCUUUCGUUUAUUUUUCCUCUGGGAUGUGCAAUUUCGCGAGUCUGCUUGUUGUUGUGUCGUUAGCGUCUCGUUGAGCCUGAGAUACCAUACAAGGAUAUACGCGAUCGUAAUGUUCAGUGUGCAAUAACUCGUCAUCGAAACUCGUGAUUGAUCCUCGAAUUAACGGUUUCCAGAUUAUGUUCAAUCUCGUUUGCUCGUUGCAACCAACGCGUUCACUGUUGCCUAGUUCUACCUUGUUUUCAUUGAUGCUUUCUUUUGUUUAUUUUCUGUUAUAAAAAGAAAAAACAAAUCUAAUUAGCAAACUGAUUACGUUAAUUUUCUCUACGUUACCGAUCCACGAGAAACGACGAGUUCCAAACAAACGUUUCAAGGACCACGAACGUUCAGCAGUGAACGUGUUCCAAGAGUCGUCGGCGCAUUCGAUUCGCGAGGCAAGUCUCCUCGGAUACGUCGAUGGAACCGAUCUCUACGUACUUAUAUAUAUAGCUUCGGAGGCGUGCUAGAUAUUACACGUGCCGGGACAAGAAAGAUGGAAAACGAUGUGAAAGGAACAGGGAGAAACUCCUACGUAUCCAUAGACAGGGAAGCUUCUACAAGUUCUUUUUUUUUUUUUUUUUCUUUUUCUUAAGCUCGCUCGCUCGCGCACGCGUUUCAUUUGUCUCCGUGUGUACAGAGGAAUAUCCAAUCGUUCUGAUCAGUCUCAGGGAAAUAUCCGUACGCGUAUUCUCGAUAUAUCCUAUGCGUUGCAUCGAUUUGAACAGGGACGCGGCCAGGCGAUCUCCAUGGUCGAUCGACGGACUGAACGUUCGUCAGAAAUUAGUUGUACGUUAUACCGUUUCCAUUGACUUCUUCGCGAUGUACAAUAAAUAGAAAGAGAAAGAGAGACAAUUGUUCGAGUCUCUCUUCGUGCAUUGAAACGAACGACUCCCAUGAUCGACGCCCAAGAUCGACCCGGGGGGUGGCUAAUCGCUCGCUCGCUGCUUGUUUUAAUUUUAUUUAGCUGACAAUUUCUAAACUCGAAUGCAUUGCCGGUUAAUGCCGUGCACGGAGUACGAUUUACACGUGUACAUAAGCUAUUUUCGAACGGAAAGCCAAGCGCGUGCACCGUUCGCAUACGCGCGUGCACCCCGAAGGACCCCGGUUUUCUUCACGUUCGCGUCCGCGAUUCUCGUCGCCGAUGUUCCAGAACAAUAUAACAUAAAAAGAGAAACAAAAGCUCUCGAAACGAGAUUCAGGAGAACAAUAGAGAGAAGAAGGAAGAGAAGAAACACGAGAAAUAUAAAGUGUAAGCGAAACACAUAGACGGAAUGGCGGUUAGGGGAGGGGUGGUGAAUCGAGGCAGAAAGGGAGAGAAGUAACUGUACGUAUUGUGCGUGUAAUGUACCUUUUAAAUGUAAAGUAGAUACCGAGUAUAAUAGUGUAAGUAGACAGGAAGAAAAAAAAAAAAAAAAACGAAGAACAGAGACACGACACUUGUUCAUAUUAACUAUAGAGGCGUAUACACACAUUUACGCACGUGUAAUUGUACUAAGGCGUAAAAAGGAGAAAAGGGGGAGGGGGGGAGGGAGAGAAGCCCGGCGUUUUAGACUAACUCGCGGGAAGAACGUUGUAAUUUCAGCGAAAAGAAUCCGAAUAAUACGCCGUUAUUCGGCGUAUGUAUAUGUAUAUACACAUACAACACGCAGAUAAUUUCUCGCAAUAUAAUAGGGGCUAUCGCAGUUACUAUCGCUAACUAAUUAUUACUAUUAUUAUUAUUACUACUACCGGUCACCGAUUACUACUACGGAAUACUACGAAUUACCGCUAUUACUAUUUACUAUUUGCCACAACCACUACUAUUACUACCACCAACUACAACUACUGUUACUAUUAUUACUGUCACGACUAUCCGCUUUUUUUAUUGUACGAUAUAUACAUAAUACCGAACUAUGAAUGUACAUUUUCUUAGCUGUAACGUUUCCUCCUCCUCCACAUUGUAAUUUAUAUAUUAUAUUCGAGGAAUACAUUACUUCUAAAUGUGUUAAAAAGAAAGGAAAAGGAAAAAAAAAAAACAAAAACCGCUGCUGCUUUACGAAGAAGAAGGAAUUCUAUGUGAAAAAGAACAAAAUAUAUUAUAUAUAAAUAUAUAAAUAUAUAUGUAUAUACACGUACAUAUAUAUAUAUUUUAUUUCAGAAGUUUAGUUUAAUGGAUAUAUAAUGUUGAAAAAAAAAGAGAAAAAAAAAAUACGCGAGGAAGAAUACAAAUUAAAAAUUUUCUCUGUGAUUCGUCUAAAGGAUGGAACUAUGGAAGUAAGCGAAAUAAAAUAAAAAAAAAAAACAAGAAAAACAAAAACAAAAAACAAGAAAGAGUUACGAUUAUAAUUAAUUAAUUCAUAUUAUUAAUUGUCAUCGUCAUUUAUCAUUGCUCUGUACCGACAAACGUUUAUCGAACAACCAAGUCACAACGGACCGACAAACUCGAUUUUCGUAAAUGAACUCGACUCGUGAUUUUCUUUUCGCUAAUAAACAGUAACGAGUUAUCCUAUCGAUGUAAUAAAAACAAGUAUUUUUACCGA